GCCGCUGCGGCCGGAGUCGGCGUGCGGUGACGUCAGUACGCCUCGCGGUUUCCAGCCCCUCAGUCUCGGCCCCCACUCCCGCGCGGGCCGGUCAGGGGCGGGGCGUCCGGCCAGUUGAACUAUCCCGACCGACCGCGGCAGUUUGAAUGAAAGCUCCUCAAGAUGGCGGCGGCCGGAGCUGACACGCGAGGAGCUUGGUGUGUGCCUUGCCUAGUUUCACUUGAUACUCUUCAGGAAUUAUGUAGAAAAGAAAAGCUCACAUGUAAAUCGAUUGGAAUCACCAAAAGGAAUCUAAACAAUUAUGAGGUGGAAUACUUGUGUGACUACAAGGUAGUAAAGGAUAUGGAAUAUUAUCUUGUAAAAUGGAAAGGAUGGCCAGAUUCUACAAAUACUUGGGAACCUUUGCAGAAUCUCAAGUGCCCGUUACUACUUCAGCAGUUCUCUCAUGACAAGGAUGUUUACUUAUCUCAGGUAAAGAAGGGCAGCACAGUAACUCUAAAAACCAGUAAUAACAACAAAGCUCUGAAUCCUGCCAUUGCUGAGUACAUUGUGAAGAAGGCUAAACAAAGGCUAGCUCUGCAGAGAUGGCAAGACGAGCUCAACAGACGGAAAACUCACAAAGGGAUGAUCUUUGUGGAAAACACUGUUGACUUAGAGGGCCCGCCUCCAGACUUCUACUACAUUAAUGAGUACAAGCCAGCUCCUGGGAUCAGUCUAGUCAAUGAAGCGACCUUCGGUUGUUCAUGCACAGAUUGUUUCUUUGAGAAAUGUUGUCCUGCUGAAGCUGGAGUUCUUUUGGCUUAUAAUAAAAACCAACAAAUUAGAAUACCACCAGGUACUCCCAUUUAUGAAUGCAACUCAAGAUGUCAGUGUGGACCCGAUUGUCUCAAUAGGGUUGUACAGAAAGGCACACAGUAUUCACUUUGCAUCUUUCGAACUAGCAAUGGCUGUGGCUGGGGUGUAAAAACCCUUGUGAAGAUUAAAAGAAUGAGUUUUGUCAUGGAAUAUGUUGGAGAGGUAAUCACAAGUGAGGAAGCGGAGAGACGGGGGCAGUUAUAUGACAACAAAGGAAUCACCUAUCUCUUUGAUCUGGACUAUGAAUCUGAUGAAUUCACAGUGGAUGCAGCUCAAUACGGAAAUGUGUCUCAUUUUGUGAAUCACAGUUGUGACCCAAAUCUUCAGGUGUUCAAUGUUUUCAUUGAUAACCUUGAUACUCGUCUUCCCCGAAUAGCAUUAUUUUCCACAAGAACCAUAAACGCUGGAGAAGAGCUCACUUUUGAUUAUCAAAUGAAAGGUUCUGGAGAUAUAUCUUCAGAUUCUAUUGACUACAGCCCAGCCAAAAAGAGAGUCAGAACUGUGUGCAAAUGUGGAGCUGUGACUUGCAGAGGUUACCUCAACUGAAUUUUCAGAAAAUAAAGCUGAGGAUAAUUGUAGUUUUGUUUUGUUUUUUCCCCUAAUGUUAACAUUUUAAAAAAUAAGCAUUCGGGACUCUUUUCAUAUUAUUGAGAUUAUACACUAUGUAAACUUACAAUUCAUGUUUCAGACCAUUGGCCAAAUGCAUUACUGAUGCUUCUGAAGGGAGGCACACAGGGUCACAUAGACUAAUUUGAAAUACACCUAAUUAAUGGUUAGGUCUACUAGACAAGAAAAGGAAACUUGACAGAUCAGCAUAUGCAUACUUAAGAAGUAUUUGUGACCAGAGAAAUGCCUCCUUCAUUGUUUAAGUGCUAAAGUGAUGAUAUCACAGUCACUAAGAUCAAACAUUCAACUUGCCAUACACCUUGAAUUUAGAGAAAUACUUAAUUGAAUUGGGGCAAAUAUGCAAAGUUCUAUUUUUGUUAUGUUGUCAUUCCUGUUUACCUAUUUAUUACUGUAAAUACCAUUCUUGUAUUGGAGACAAAUAGGUGAUACUGAAUUACACUUAUUUUCUUCUUUCAUUAAAACAUGGGAUCUUGAUACAGAAAUUUAAGGUCUAAAAAUAAAUGUGAAAAAAUUUAAUUACAAUUUGAUUUCAUAUUUUGAAGCAAUUUAGACAAUAAAGAGGGGUGUAUUUCUGAACCAGUUAUUCUUAAAGUUUUUUAACCCUGUAGAAGAAAAUUCUCCAAAAAGCUCUCUAAAAUUCUAGAAUAGCCAUUAUGCCUCUUGGAAAUGACACAACAGUGGAACCAGGGAGGUUAUUUUGGAUACCAGACAGGGGAAAUGGGGUGCUUUUAGGCCCCUUUUAAAAACAUGAAUUAGAGAUCCACAUGUUAAGUACCUGUGAUCUACUGGGUUGUCAGAAAAGUCAUGACGCAUUUUUUCAACAAAAAACAGAAAUACGACAUGACUUUUCCGACAACCCAAUAAAUAGUAAAACAAGAUAACCCUUCGAGCAGCUAUACCUGAUGAUACUUCACACAUGAACACUACAUCUUUUGGAUUUCAGGUGGUUUUAACAUUUCCUUUCCACUAAAAUUUAAUUAUAUCCUGAAAGCUCUUCUUAAAAAAUAAUCUAUAUUUUCAACUGAUAAUUAUUUUAUAAAUGUUUUAAAUGUGAUAAAGCUACACUUAGCUUGGUCAAAGUGUGUGCCUGAAUUAUGAGACCAUUUAUUACUUAAACUGAAGACUGAAGUGGAAUAUAUUCCUUGUUGGUUUUGUUUAGUUGUUUCUCCUGAUUGAGGUUUUAUUAUGCAGGAGAACAAUGUUUUCAUCUUUCUGAUCCUGGGAUUUCUAAUCAUGCUGUCCAACGUAAAGGAAAAUGCAGCAAAUAAAUCUAGCUUUCAGUAUUCCUAAUUAAGUUGUAUCUAAGCUCAAUGCCCUAGGUUUUAAUGACCUAAAAGAAACUUGGGUAAAACUGAACUGACUUCAAGAAUGUGGCCUAUCAAGUAUCUUCUUAAUCUUUCAUCUCUUUUUUUUGGGAGAAGCUACAUUUUAUUACUUAUUGGGUUGUUAGAAAAGUCAUAUUUUUUCUGUUUUUCAUUGCAAAAAUGCGUAAUGACUUUUCCAACUACCCAAUAUUAUAUCGGUAUCAAAUGACUGCUCUUUUCAUAAUAUAGGGUAAAUUGUUUACAUGUUAGAAGCCUCAGAGUAUAUCUGCAAAGCAGAAUUGGCGGAAGGUGUCAUGAACAAAUACAUUUUUUUAGUGCCAUUUCUUACGGGGGUUUUUUUAUGAAAAAAUAAUCACAUUGAAGCAGUGGUGAGGGAGCAUCACUGAUUUUACAGGCUGCUCCCAGUGGGUAAGCAUGUUUUGAAUUAUAAUUGUCACAGGUAGGUUUAAAGAUGUAAUUUUCACAUUCUUUUUAAAAAGUCACUGUUUUACUGUCUAAUUACUUGAUUUUUGUCUACUUUUGUGUUAAAAAAUAUAUAACGAGGACAGGGAAAAAUGGCUGUUUUCAGUCAACUUUUUUGGCCUUAUUAACAGAAAUUUAAUGGGCCUUUGAGAUUUUAAUUACCUGUGUCACCCGUAUGUUAUUAAACAGCUGAACUUAAGCAGUAAAAUAAUACAAACUAUUUAUAACCGAAGUUAUUAGGAGCUUUAUUUUAAGUCAACAUUUAGCUUCUUUAAAUUUGUAUCCUAAGUUGUCACAAUGUAUUCUGCCAUUACAAAGCAAAUAUUCAUGAGUAUUAUUUAGAUGAAGUUUAAACUGUAAAAUUAAUCCACUAUACAAGUUGUAUUAACACCACUGUUUUCCAGAUCUACCUAAGAGGUUUGUAAUACACAAUUGGUGAUCUCAGGGUUUUUCCAUCUAUGCAAAAUCUAGACAGCACUUAUUUUUUCUUAUAAUUCAACAGUUAUUCUUUAGCAAAUUUAGUUUGACAUUUGAUUUUUCUGUUUAUUGUGGGUUAGCUUUGUUUACAAAUAUUUUACUGU